UGCUCAUCGUAUCGGAUCGGGUCGCAUUCAUAUUCAUAGCUGAUUUUGUUGUUAAGGAUAUACUAGUUCGAGCUGUUAAGGAUAUACUAAACCUUAUUUGCCGUUGUCAUAUUGAUAACGUUGAUCUGAUGAUACGGUUCUUAGUUGUUGGUGGUGCUUUAUAUUUGUAUAGUGAGAGAGCAAUCAUCAGCACAUUGGGAAUGGGACCUUAGUGUUGGUUGCUUCGGGAGUGCAUCUGCGUGGAGCACGGUCGCGGCACGUACGAUCCGUUUGAUCGCCGGUACUUUCUCUCGCUGAUGCUUUGCGAGACGAUUACUCAACAAGCAGUCGCGCUGUCUAAUCGUCGGUGUUCGCUAGCGGACGCCUAUGAGAGCGGUCGUGUAAACGGUAUCGAAGGACUAGUGUCAAAACAUUGUCGUGUUUGUGUAAUGAGUGUUGGUGUGUUGUGACGCGGUGGUGGCGGGCCCAGGCGAGAUGCGGCGCGGCAGCGGCGGCGGCGGCUGCGGCUGGGGCGGCGGUGGCGGCGUGUUCGGGCGCUGGUCGCUGCGCCGCCUGCUGCUGGACAGCCCACUUGUGGGCAGGCGACUGGCUCAUACAGUAUUGGAUCAAGCAGACACUCGGCCGGUGAAGCUGAGCGCCGUAGAGCAGUCACAGAACAGGCAGCAGACCACCAUAGAGUUCAUCGCUGAGGACGAAGAGGGCGAUGUAUUGGAAUGUCCGCUAUGCCUGCUGGUGUUCAGCGCCAACACCAUGGUACGGCUGGCAUGGUGCGCGCACCGCUGCUGCGAGCCCUGCAUGCGGCAGUACCUCGCCAUCGAGAUCUUCGAGGCGCGCGUGCCCGUCACCUGCCCCGCCUGCCAGGAGAACAUCCACCCGCUAGACGUCCGGCGCAUCGUGGACAACCCGGUGUUAUACGACAAGUACGAAGAGUUCUCGGUGCGGCGCGCGCUGGCGGCCGAUCCCGACACGCGGUGGUGCCCCGCGCCCGACUGCAGUUUCGCGGUCGUGGCGACGGGGUGCGCGUCGUGCCCGAAGCUAACGUGCCUGGCGCCGGGCUGCGGCGCCUCCUUCUGCUACCACUGCAAGGCGGCGUGGCACCCCACGCAGACAUGCGACGCGGCGCGACGCUCGCGCGCACCCCCGCCGAGGACGCCGCAGCCGCAGCACCAAGACUCGGACACGGGUGAAGUGAAGCCGUGCCCGCGCUGCGCCGUCCUGAUCGUGAAGGUGGAAGAUGGCUCCUGCAACCACAUGGUGUGCUGCGUGUGCGGCGCCGAGUUCUGUUGGCUGUGCAUGAAGGAAGUCUCCGACCUGCAUUACCUCAGUCCGAGCGGCUGUACAUUCUGGGGCAAGAAGCCGUGGUCGCGCAAGAAGAAGCUGCUGUGGCAGCUGGGCACGCUGGCGGGCGCGCCGCUGGGCAUCGCCGUGGUGGCCGGCGUGGCGCUGCCCGCGCUGCUGGUGGGGCUGCCGCUGUGGGCCGGGCGCCGCGCGCACCGCCGCCUGCGCCGCGCCACCGUCGCGCGCCGCACCGCCGCCGUCGCCGCCGCCGUGGCCGCUGCGCUGCUGGUGUCGCCGAUCGUGGCGGGGCUAGCGGUGGGCAUCGGCGUGCCCAUCCUGCUAUUCUACGUGUACGGCGUCGUGCCUGUGUCGCUGUGCCGCGCCGGCGGCUGCGCGCGCCGCCCCGAGCCCGACGCCGUCUCGCGCCACAUCGACCCCAGCAUCGGCGACGCAUCGCUGUCGGCCGGGUCGGCGGCGGUCGAGCUGCGCGCGCCGUCGCUGGCCGCGCUCGCGGGCUCGCUGGCGCACGAGCCCCACGAGCAGGAGCCGGAUCCCGAGCCGCAGAGGCUCGAGGUCACGGCCGACGUGACGGCCGACGUCGCCAACGCCAGCUGGUCCGACGACCUGCCCUCCACGUCGUCGCGCUCGGCGCGCCUCAAGAGCCUGUUCCUGUACGGGUCGGCGGCGCCGCCCGACCCCGAGGCGCCCCCGCCCCCGCCCCCGCCGCCGCCGCCGCCGGGCGCCGCCACGCCGGCCGAGCUGGCCGCCGCCUGCGAGCCGCGGCCGGUGCGCGCGGCGCCGACGCAACACUCGUAACGAACGCGCGCCCCGCACUGAUCCUCACGUGACCGACCCCUGCCCCUGCGGCGCGGCCGUGCGCCCCGCCAGACCCGUGCUCCUCGCGACCGAAUAUCUCAUUUGAUUUAAUACAGCAUACUCUAUCGCGUUACUGUCUAGAGGAAUUGGCGCUCGGAUUAAAGGGACUCGUACCUACGUAAAAUAGACUUAAGUGAAAUGUAGUGUAAGUGGUAACGAGACAUCAGACUCGUAGUGUGAGUAAAGUGAAGUGCUCGGAGUCACCGAGUCCGGCAUUGUUGUGAUUCGCUAUAAUUGCUAUUUUUAUCGACGCGUAGUCCGUAAUCCGUGUGAAAUGUGUUUCUUCCUGACAUCGAAUAGCAGAGGAAUAUGUUAAUGGUGUUCUACACGCCACUGCUAUACAACUGAAAUAACUAGACUAGAUAAUACUUCGUUCCGCCGGAAAGCAUCCCAUAAUAAUGUGGAAUCCCUAUUGGAGUUUUGUUUCACUUUCCGUCCUAGAUAUCGCGUUGGUAAAAAUUUGCAUUUCACGGGUCAUUAAUGGUUCGGCGAAAGAUUAAUUUGAGGUACACGGCACAACUGAUUUAUCGAUGUACCUCGUCAGAUAUAGCACUCGUGAGCCUGAAGGCGGCUCGGCCGAGCCGGUCCAGCAAUCAUCUAUCGGCUGUAUUGUCUAUUCUGCCUUUUUCUAUUACAUUGACGCGAGUCAGUUUGUUGAAUUUCUUUGUAAAAUAAGUGCGUGUUGUCUUCGAAAACAACGUCUCAGUACACUGAAACUGUACUCUUAUUUUUUAAUCUACCUCCACCAGAUAAUAAAAUGACUUGUAUUUGAUGAAUGUAAUAGAGGUCAGCAGAAUGUUAUAUGUGUGCCAGUCACGAGCUUGUGUGUGUUUCGAAGACAACUUACAUUUAUUUUACUAAUUUGCAUUUGGUAUUUGUUGAUUGUUCUCUCUCGUGUAAACUGGCAGUGAAGAUUAAUAAUUAUUUUGUUGCCUUCCCCGUUACAUGUUCUGUUGUGUUUAUUUUAUGAAUGUAAUGACUCAAGGCUGAGAGCAGUUAGUUGCUAAUUGAAGAGCAAACACAUUUCAACGCGAGUUCAGACUGUACAGUAUUAAUAGUUUAAAACAGAGACGCUUCAAAUCGCAGUGACUGCCGUGGGAACAUCAUUACAUUAAUACAAUAAACAAUGUUUAGGCAGGGCCUCGGGCGCCGGUCCCGGGAGUCCCGGCGGCGUAGGUUAAGUGAGCUAUUCCAGGUAGUUCCCACCGCCAGCCGACCGUGAACCUUAUGCUAAUAGCAUAGAGUUCACCGACGACUGGCAUCGCGGUGGUAAGCCCGGGAGCAGCCAGGACAGGCGAGUCAGGAGCCGUGAACACCAAAGUUCGCAAAUUGCGGGCGUCUUUCUCUUUUACUCCCAUUAAGGCGUAAUUAGUGACAGAGAAAAAUGCCCGCAAUUUGCGAACUUCGGUUUUCGCGGUUAUAGCCCAGACAGGAUUUAGGAAGAGCUGCGGGCGCGCCCGCUCUGAUAGAUGUUUGCGCUUCUAAAGCAGUGUUACUCUAUCCGAUAUUUGUGAUACUUUGAAUAAUUACUAUUAACGAUCUAAAUUAUUUAAUUUUUCACGUUUGUAGGCGAAAAGUAAUUCUAAGCUAUAAUUAUUAUGUUAUGUGAAUCAUAUACCUACAGUAAACGAUUAAAAUGUGAUUAAACUUA